AUGCAGUCCGAUCUUGCUCGCUCUCAACUGAUUGAGUGCUUUCAGUUAUCGAAUGCCGAUGACAGCGAUUUGGAUUCUUCACCGUCUACACCUCGGAACGCGCAGACAGGUGAAGAAGCAGCAGCUGCGGGUUCAUCGGCCUCACCCCUUCUUCCAGCCCACGCUGCAAAGAAGAAAAGCGGUGGAAAACUGCAUUUUGCUUUUAAUUUACUAAAAUCGGUGCGAUCUGAUAACAAUGACGAGUGUAGUUCCGAUGUCGAAACGAAUGACGAUGAAAAAAGCCAGAACGGAAGCACAGCACAUGAAGAGCGGCGUGCCAGGAGCUCAAUAGGUCAAAGACCUCAAUCAAAAAUUGUGCCUCUGCGGCAAAAAUCCGCGGAAUUCAUGGAUGAAUGCCAAGGUUUGCGGGUUUUAAAUAAUUUUGUACCGAGAUGUAUCACUAUGACUGAAUUACUAUGUGGGGCAGAAACUGACAUGGAGGUGUGA